GUCAUUAAAGUAAAAAUCUGUCAAAACCCCACAAGUCAAAAAAUCAAGGGACAAAUUUAAAUCAAAAAUAAAUUUGGAGUAUAUUGUUAAAUUUAGAUAUAACAGACUUGUAACGAAUUCUGAAAUCGAAAUCUUUUAGUCUAAUCUGCAAUCUCUAAAGAUCAUGUGAAUUGUCGCAUACAAAUGGAGGAAGUAUCUGAGAUUUUGAAUUUGUCCAAUAAAAAAUUGAAGAAAUUAAGUAAACUUUCUUUGGAAGAAUCUCAAAACAUUACAAAUUUGAUACUCGAUGAUAAUGAGUUGCAAAGAUUGGAUAACAUUGACUCCUUUGUCAAACUUCAAAAGUUAUCAAUUGUCCGUAAUCAAUUGCUUCGUAUGUAUGGAGUGUGCAGGUUACAUUCCCUACAUACCUUGAAUUUAGCGCAUAACGGAAUACUUACAAUUGAAGGUUUAAAAGAACUCAUUAAUUUAAAAUGGCUUUGCUUGGCUGGAAAUAAUAUUAAGACAAUUGAACAUCUGAACACUAAUAUGCAAUUAGAAUACUUAGAUCUAUCAGAGAAUAGUAUAGUACACAUAAAUGAUAUCUCAUUUUUGAAGAAUCUCAAAGAACUAUACCUUCAUAACAACAAGAUAAAUCAUUUGGUGCAGUGUGAUAGAUUUUUACCUAUAAGCUUGAUAAAUUUAACUCUCGCUAACAAUAAUAUUAGUGAUUUGAAUGAAAUAUCUCAGUUGGUACAUUUAACUAACUUAACAAGCAUCUCAAUUGCUAACAAUCCUUGUGUUAAUAUGAGUGGUAAAAACAUAGGCUUUGACUAUCGACCUUUUGUUAUAAAUUGGCUUAUGAAUGUUACAGUUAUAGAUGGAUAUGUUGUUGAUGCUAUAGAAAGCUUGAGAGCUGAAUGGUUAUACUCUCAAGGUAGAGGUAGACAUUUUCGAAUAGGCGAUCACAGUGAACUUGUUCAAUAUCUUGCAAGUGUUUGUCCACUCAGUGGUGAAACUUUGGAAACUGAAGAAGACAGAAAACUACGCCUUAUAUUGAGCAAAGCUCAACAACAUCAAAGGCAACUGAGAGAUCAGGAAUCAAACGGUGAAAGUCCUAAUCCAUCACCAAUGACAAGAAAGAAACUCAAUAGUGCUAAGAACCUUAUGAAGCCACCUACAUCUCGUUAUUCUAAAUCACCAGAUAGGAUGUCAUCAAGUUAUUAUAAUUCAAACAGUGCCAGUGAAAGCAGUUUUUCAAUUAUGUCUCAUAGUAUGGAUCCCAGUCUAUUAUCGCAAUCUAUCAAUUCUGAUAAGAACACUACAACCGAUAUGUCCCAAAGUAUGGUUUUGGAUAAAUGUUUAGAUUCAGAACCUGCCAAUAGCCCUUUACAAGCACUUUCCAAGAUGGUGCCAGUACCUGAAUCGCUGAUGAGCCCAGAUUAUAGGCCAUCUUCCCUGAACAGGAUGAAUUCUCCUAGUAUCACAUCUUCAACAAAAAGCUCUCGAACAACACCUAUCGUCAAUGUUAAGGCUAAAAACGUGACAGGUUCACCGAAGAAUUUGAGAACACCAAUAUCUUCACGAUUUAAUUCUUCAGUGAAUUCUAACUAUAAAAAGAUUGUUUCUCCAACACCAACAAGACACAAAAAUGUUAUUAGCAACAGUAAUUCGACUAAAACAGAAUCGACUCCUAAGAAACAACCAACAUCAAUUCUAAGAAAGUCAGUUAGUAGUGACGAUGACUCUGUUUGUGACUCCAAAUUACAGACUAUUCAAAUGAAAGCAGAAGAGAGAAGACAGUUGAAGGAUUCAGAGGCUGGAAGUAACAGUAGCAUGGAGGAUAGGGUCGAACAGGCUGCAGUUUGCAUUCAGAAAAUAUGGAGAGGGUAUUACACUCGUAAUAAGAAUAAAGAGGUGCAGCAAAUAUUCAGAGAUCUCCAAAGCCAAAGAGCCAACCAAUAUAUUCAAAAGUUAGCUAGUGAUAUGGAAAAUACUAAAGCAGCUCUAGAAAGUGAGAGAAAAAUUCAAAUGUUACAGACUGAAGCCAUAAGUGCCCUAUGGAAAAAAAUUUCAGCGAUUCAACCUGAUAAUAUGGCGAAGAACUAUACAAUGACCGAUCUCAGAAAUGAAGAAAAUGGGGAAAUAAUAAAACAUCUUGCUCAAACUUGUAGUGUUCUUCAAAACCAGAUACAUCAAUUACAAUCUUCUAUGGAGGAGAUUGUCAAGGUUAUGACUUUGUUUAGUCAAGCUGCUGGUCUUGGGUGUCCGCUCCGUGAAAAGGAAAAUGGAAUAGCGACACAAACAGAAAUUGUUGCUGUACAUACACCUCAGGGUGAGGCUGCAAAAAAUUUUCCAUUCCAAAAGCAAACCAGACCAUCUUCUCUACCGUUACCUGUUAGUGCGAAGAAAAAAGAUAACUCUCAACAGUCAAAUCAACAUAAUGUUUCCGACCUUCGACAGUUUGCUGGUUCGCUUGUCGAUGGAGUGUUAAAAACGGUUUCAGAAACCAAAGAUACCUUCAACGGGAGGAACACCUCUGAAAUCUCUAUUACAGUUACAGAUAAGACUACUGAUGAUUGUGGCGUAGAUGAAAAAUAGUCAUAAGUUGUUAAAAAUUAUUAUUUUAAAUGUGUAAAUAACUGAGUUGAUCGUUAUCUAUGAAAUAUUUUUUAUUUUUAUCUUGUCGGCGAUUUUAUGAAAUAUACUACAAAGUACUGAAUCAAAUCAGUUUUUUUGAUAUUGAUAUGUGCUUUCAAAUACUCAGGCAAAUUCACUUGAAUAGAUUGUGCAAAUAACAAGUAUUAUUUUAAAUUUGAAGACUAAAAUGAAUCGAAUGUGUCAAUUAAAAAUCAACCACAUCAUAGUAAUGUGAGUUUUUUAUUGGUAAUAACUGAUGUGUGUAUGACAUUCUUUGAAAAAUUUUAAAUAGUACGAUUUGAUAUCCAUUAUGGAAUAAUGCACUAAUGUGAAGAGCAGCUUUUUAUGUGAUUGUUGUAGCUUCAGUGAACAAUAUAUUAUUUUGCUAUUUAUUGAUUUGUUUCAUAAAUAUAUGUCUGAAUUAUU